GUUACAUCAUGUACCAAACUCAGGUACUUAUUACUUACGGCCAAGGCCAAACUCAACUAUAUAUCAGGUACUCAUUGCUUCCAAUGUACGUCUUUCCGAGCACCAUUCGGGCUUUCUGGACCCCACUCCGUGGCGCUCAUCUAACGGUUCUUGGAGUUCUUGAGGUGAUACCGCAGCAAAUGCUAUGCGGGCCUCGAGGCAAGGGCAUGGUGUUAUUUAAUGUACGUGGCAUUCUCUCUUUCUCAGACUCUAACCCCUUCAACCAGCACCCUACCGUUGCUGAUCCUGAUCGUUAAUAAUAAUUCAUCAUGAAUGAAGACAAUCAAUCGACAGAUUUGAGCCCAGCUCCUCCUCCAGAACUUCGCACACCCGGCGCAAUCGCUGGCAAAGGCUCGGGCCGAUCCCGCGGCAAAGUCAGUCGAUUUCUGGGAAAGUUCAAAAGUGGUAUAAAAAGUAUAUCUUGCACAAAUGAUUCCCACAACCACAACCCUAUUCUCUCAAACAGUGAUCAUGAACGUAAUCAGGUUGCCCCCAGGUCUCCUGUUGUGGACCAAAGUGUUGAUCCCCAAUCAGCACUUCAAAUCGCCAAAGAAUAUGCACAGCGCAUGCAUCCACUCUCGGGACAUGCGCAAACUGUGGCGUCUGCUACCCAAAAUGCGCCAGCGGGUCUCGAUACUGCAGACAAUCUCGCGGCCACAUAUCUCCAACCACUCAGGAUAUUUGACACUGUUAUUGGGAAGAUAGCAGAUGUACAUCCAUAUGCAAAGAUGGCAUUGGGCGUGUUGUCUUGUGCAUCACAGCCGUCAUUCGUGUAGAUCAUUCUUGCUCAGGCGGAUCGCGAUAGAUUGGUGUUUCAGCUUCUCAAGAAAUUGGGUCAGGUUUACGGCUUUAUGGCACAAGACGAGACACUUGGUCAGAUCUCGUCGAUGCGUGCUAUCGUCGGACAGAUCUCUCAACAAACCCUUGAAUGUGCGCAUUUUAUUAGUGAUUAUUCAGAGAGGAAGAACUUUUGGAUCAGACUCGGAAAGAACGUCAUCUCGGAAACAAAUGAUACAAUUCAGAAGUACAAUAACGUGUUGGAUACA